ACGACUUCCUGAUUCUACGUGGACAUACUGACGUCGGCAAAGUUGACGUUUCACAAACAUGGCGGCGCAGCAGGGUGAAGUGGAUGAGCUGUUCGAUGUAAAUAAUGCAUUUUAUAUCGGCAGUUAUCAACACUGCAUUAACGAAGCACAGAAAGUAAAGACAUCGGGGCCAGAAAAAGAAGCAGAGAAGAACAUUAUUCUCUACAGGGCAUACAUUGCUCAGAGAAAAUAUGCUGUGGUACUGGAUGACAUAAAACCCAGCUCAUCUGAGGAGCUGCAGGCUGUUAGGAUGUUUGCAGAGUACCUGUCCAAUGAAGGCAAAAGGGAUGCUAUAGUGGCAGAACUAGACAAAAAGAUGGCUAAAAGCGUUGAUGUUUCCAACACCACCUUCCUGCUGAUGGCAGCUUCUAUCUAUCUGCAUGAGAUGAACACAGAUGCUGCAUUACGCACGCUGCACCAGGGAGAAAGUCUUGAAUGUAUGGCAAUGACUGUCCAGGUGCUUCUAAAGUUGGACAGAGUAGAUAUGGCAAGAAAAGAACUGAAAAAGAUGCAAGACCAAGAUGAAGACGCCACCCUGACUCAGCUUGCUACGGCCUGGGUCAACCUUGCAGUUGGGGGAGAUAAAUUGCAGGACGCAUUUUACAUCUUUCAAGAAAUGUCAGACAAAUACUCGCCCACAUUGCUGCUGCUGAACGGCCAGGCUGCCAGUCACAUGGCUCAGAAUAAGUGGGAUGAGGCUGAGUCAGUUCUACAGGAUGCUCUUGAUAAAGACAGCAGCCACCCUGAGACACUCAUCAACCUCAUUGUGUUGACACAGCAUUUAGGCAAACCUCCUGAGGUUACCAAUCGUUAUUUGUCUCAAUUGAAAGAUGCACACAAAUCCCAUCCUUUCCUAAAGGAUUAUCUUGCUAAGGAGAAUGAGUUCGACAGACUCGCUAUGCAGUACGCCCCCAGCGGCUGAACACAGAUCAAGGUGUAAUUUAUACGUCUCCUGGAAAUCCAUGUUAUUCUCUACUGUACACUUUGGUUUUAAAACGUAAUAACAUUCAGCUGCGAAUUUUUAUUUGCUUUGCCUUUUGACAUCCCCAAAACUCUACAUUCCUCUAUAACAGUUAAAUAAACUUGUUUAUGUCAUA